AUGGCACCACGUUCAGUGACCACGGGUGAGGACUACCUUACCCCGACCCAGCGGACUCAGCGCCAGAUCAGACGACUGAACAAGCUGCUCUCACUUACCAAAGAGGUUGUUGAGCUGCGGUUCUUCGAGGCAUCGCUCAGCUACCCGGAGGAACGAUCAAUCUCCAGUGACACCGUAACGGUGCGGGAAAACACCACCAAAGAUGCAAACACGCCCAGUUCUCAGGAAAUUUCACCGAUUGUGAAUCAAACAAACGAGUGUAGCAAAGCCAGUCCCCGGCAUCAUCUGCACAAUCAUGGCAUCCACCAGGUACAGUUCAUGGACAAGAUGUCCACCUCGGAGAUGCAGAGCUCGUUUGCCGAUUCAGGACAUUUCGAGGACAUUACGACCUCGUCGAUCCAUUCCAAGGAUUCGUACGUACACACGCAGGAUCGUGCUUGCGGAAGCGACGAUGACAUUGAUGCAGAUAAGCAGCGGCUUGUCGAGAUGUACGAAGCUCGCAUUGAGGAACUAGUUAAACAGCAACAGGCAGACGAACAGUAGAAUCGCAUGUCCAACAAUGAUCGCGUUGAGGCU